UUGCUUGUUGAGGGCGUCCUCCAUUCAAUCAAAACGUUUCGCGCAUGCGAUUAACAUAAGUUUGCGAGAUAUUGUUUAACAACGCUUCUUCCCCGAUUACAAUAUAUUAUCACGUUUUCGUCAAAGAUCAGAUUUUAAAACAAUAGCACGUGGUUAAACCGUGAAAUGAUGCUGCGACCGGCGACCCGGAACCUCCUCUUGGUAGGUAGGAGAUUGAGCACUUGGUCACCUCUUGCUACUGCCUUUAAUGCUAAAAGUUCGGGCAUGUUCGAUUUCAACUUUGGACGCAAAGAAACAGGAUUCUUUGAAAUUCCCGAAUUGAAAGAUGCAAGUGGUUUUCAAGUACUUGAAAACGAGGUGAUAUCGCGUUGCGAUGAAUUGGUCGAUGAAGCAACCAAGAAUGAAGGAAAACGUACGAGGAAGAUGGUGGAAAUUUUCGACGAGCUUUCCGACACCCUUUGCAAAGUGGCCGAUAUGGCAGAAUUUGUAAGGGUUGCUCAUCCAGAUUCUAAUUAUACGCAAGCUGCCGAACAUGCUUGUAUCACUAUCAGUGGUAUUGUCGAAAAAUUGAACACAAAUCGCAGAUUGUACGACGCACUAUCUAAUGUUAUAAAGUAUGGCGAUAUCGUUAAGACGUCUGAGAUUGAUACUCACGUGUCGAAUUUGUUCCUAUUCGACUUCGAACAAUGCGGGAUACAUUUACCCGAAGAAGAAAGGCGGCAAGUCGUGGAACUUAACGAUCGGAUUCUUGUGAACGGACAGAAAUUUAUGACUGGUGCAGCAGAACCUCGAGUAAUUAGUAUGAGUGCCUUACCCGAAGAAAUUGCUAAACACUUUGCGAAUCAUGGAGACUCAGUUAUAGUAAAUGGUUUGAACACUGAAUCCAGCAAUGCAAUGUUGCGAGAAGCUGGCUACAAAAUAUUUUUGUAUCCUGAUUCUAAGCAAGAAGUAUUGCUUCGAGACUUAUUAAACUCACGUCAUCAGUUGGCUAGGAUAUGUGGGUUUCCUACUUAUGCGCACAGAGCCUUGAGAGGAAGCACAGUGGAGACGCCGGAGAACGCAAAAAAAUUUUUGAGUUUGAUGAAUGACGAGUUACAGAAUCGUGCGAGAAAGGAUUUCAACGAGCUUCAGAAGAUCAAAGAUGCCGAGACACCAAAUAAAACAGCAAUAAUGCCAUGGGACACGGCAUAUCUCUUCUCGAAAGCUCGUAAGUCCUGGCUAGGCUCGUCGAACGAAGAAUUCGCACCGUACUUUUCUCUAGGCGCAUGUAUGGAAGGAUUGAAUAUUCUUACACAGGCACUUUACGGAGUUCGGCUCGAAUAUCAACCAACGCAAAUGGGCGAGGUUUGGGCAUCUAAUAUUCAUAAAUUGGCUGUGAUAGACGAAGAUGAAAAGACUUUGGGACAUAUUUAUUGUGAUUUCUUCGAUAGAGAAAGCAAACCUUGCCAGGACUGCCAUUUUACUAUUAGGGGUGGACGACAAUUGCCUGAUGGGACUUAUCAGAAUCCUAUAGUCGUUCUGAUGCUAUCACUGCCAUCGCCAAGGCGUUCAACGCCAAGUCUGCUGAACCCUAAUCUAGUGGACAAUUUAUUCCACGAAAUGGGUCACGCAUUGCACUCGAUGCUCGGCCGAACUAAAUACCAACACGUCACCGGCACCAGGUGCAGUACUGAUUUCGCUGAGGUGCCAAGUAUUCUUAUGGAAUACUUUUCCAGUGACCCAAGGAUCGUCUCCUUGUUCGCGAGGCACUACGAGACCGGCGAGCGAAUCCCGGAAAACAUGUUGCACAAAAUCUGGGCGUCGAAGAACUUAUUCCCUGCGUCAGAAAUGCAAAGCCAAGUUUUCUACAGUAUGCUAGAUCAUGUGUAUCACAGUGGUGAGGUCAAAGAUUCGACUACCGAUAUUCUCGCACGAAUUCAGAAUCAAUAUUACGGUCUGCCAUAUGUACCAAAUACCGCCUGGCAGCUAAGAUUCUCUCAUCUCGUCGGAUACGGUGCAAAAUACUACUCGUAUCUAAUAUCGCGUGCGAUAGCGUCGUGGAUUUGGCAAACGUACUUUGAAAACGACCCAUUGAGUCGUUCGGCCGGUGAAAAAUAUAGAUACGAGUGUCUUGCUCAUGGUGGUGGUAAACCACCAUCCAAAGUUGUCGCAGACUUUUUGAACCAAGAAGCGAGUCCGGAAAAUUUCACCAAGUCGGUGAUUAACGAGAUUGAUUCGAAGAGCGAAAGAAUACAGGUUAUUAAAAAUAUUUAGUAAGAUAUACAAUAAUGAACUAUUUUUUUGCACGUAAAAAAAAUAAAGUUUUCAUUGGAUUUCAUCAUGCUAUUUAUGUAAAUCAUAGUAUUUACAUGAAAACGAUUGAGUGUUGAUUAGUUUAUGCAGACCAAUAUGUAUAUUUUUUAUUAUGCUAUACCACACUGAUUCGGUCUCGAGUAGGAAAAGUCGUUUUUAUU